AUGACUCUAUCCCAAAUAGGUUUUGUCUCUGAUAUAGAUAACUCAGAAAAUUUGAGGCGACUUGUCCGUUGUCUGCCUAUGCAUUUGAGAACCAAAUGGGCUGAUAUCGCUCACUCCAUCUAUGAGUCUGGGAGAGAACCAAAUUUCUCGGAUUUGACAAGGUUCAUUGACGAGAGGUCACGUGUGGCUAGUUCAGUGUACGGUAUUGAUAUUGUUAAAGAAAAUGUGCAAUAUAAAGGUACUAAGCAGCCACAUAUUCUGCCUGGAAAUGUUGUAAAAGAUAGAGUGACUACUUUGUCCACAUGUACUGAAAAUGAAAAGCCAAAGUUCGAAAGAAAAUGUUCUGGCUGUUUUGGUUCAUGUAUAGACCUAGCAUCAUGUCAUAAGUUUAUAAAUAUGUCUUUAUUGGAUAGAAAGAAACAUGUUCUGAGGUAUAAACUGUGUUUUAAUUGCCUUAAACGCAAUCAUAUGUCUAGCAAAUGUACUGUAUCUGGUUGUACAAAGAAACAUCAUACAUUGUUACAUAGCUGGGUUCCAGUAAGUAAUGAAACACCUGUUACGCAACAAUCAGUAAAUUGCGCAGCCACAAAUGGCUCCUUUCUUAAAACAUGUCUGGGGAUUAUACCAGUGUCUGUUAAGGGUGGGGACGGUAACUUCUGUCAUACCUACGCCCUGCUCGAUGAUGGUGCUGACAAGACUCUGUGUGAUGAAAGACUAAUCCGGAAGUUGAAUGUACCUAGCAAACCCGUCACAUUCAAGAUAUCGACUGUCAACUCCGGUGAUAGUACUACACAGGGACAGGAAGUUGAUUUAACCGUGAGUCCUAUUCCCGGCGACGACGAAGUUAAGCUCAACAAUGUUUGGAAGAUGAAGCAGUUGGCUAUAUCAACGCGUUCUGCUGGCACCGCUAGCGAUAUUCGACACAUACCCUACUUGUCGGACAUAAAGAUUCCAGACGUUAACAUCAAUGCAGUCAUGUUACUGAUUGGUACGGAUACACCGGAAGCCCAUAUUCCAUUGGAGGUGCGCACCGGAAGUGAUUGUGAGCCGUACGCAGUGAGAACGCGACUUGGAUUGGCAGUGCGUGGACCAAUCCCUCGGACCAGCACUGAACAGAAAAAAGCAGCAAAUGUAAGAGAACCGGUGAACAUUCAUUUUGGCCAGUCCAGUGACGUAAUACUACAACAACAACUUGAGCGUAUGUGGACGUCCGACUUCAGCGACACAUCCCAUUACCAGAAAGAUUCAAUGUCAGUAGAAGACAAGAGGGCACUGGGUCUAAUGGAUUCUACUCUAUCAUUUGUUAACGGUCACUACGAGAUGGGACUUCCGUGGCGGCAGGAUGACGCUAGUUUGCCGAAUAAUUUAACACUUGCGCAUGCGCGCCUUCAUCAACUAAAAAGGAAACUCUCUCGUGGCAACGUGCUACAUGAGAUGUACACUAAGACAGUAACAGACUACAUAGACAAAGGCUAUGCAAAGAAGUAG